CUGCUCGAUGAUAUCGAUGACCUACCGCCCUUCUCGGAGGCAGUUGAGCCCGAGGAUUUUGAAGACGACAACGCCGACGACCCGUUGGCGGAUGCCGAUGAGGAUGAAGGUGACGGCGAGGAUCUGUUUGGCCCCGAUCUUGCCAGAGACUAUCGCGAGAACCCUGAAAAGGACUUUUACGAAGCCGAGGGUCUCGACGAAGACGAAGUCGAGGAGCUGACAAUCGAUCAGCGACGCCUGGCCGAAAUGAAGAUGCGAAGACGCGAUCGUGCCGAGGCACUGCGAAGCGGUCGCCCGGCAGCCUUUUUGGAUGACGAUGACGAGGACGACUUGCGUCCGGAAGUCACCCGUCGCCGCCGCAUCACCGAUAUGGAUGAUGCCCUGAUACAGGAUGGAGUCCCAAUUGAGGUUCCAAUCGAGUCGAUCGAUGAAAUCAAGGGCCCGCUUGCCGAGUGGGUGUCCAUGGACGGUACCCGGCAGUCGAUUCGGCGUCACUUCCAUCAAUUCCUUUCGUCCUAUGUCGAGGGCGGCGUCUGCAUCUACGGCGAACGAAUCAAGGCUAUGUGCGAAGCAAACGGAGAGAGUCUCGAGGUCAGCUACCUCCAUCUCGAAAAGAAAAACGCCUACCUGGCCUAUUGUGUCGUCAACUCUCCCACGGAGGUGCUGAAGAUUUUCGACUCGGUGGCCUUUGAGUGUGUGCUCUCGGCCUUUGAGGAGUACGAAAACAUCAAGGCCGAGAUCCACGUCCGAAUCACCGACUUGCCGAUUUCGGACAGCCUUCGUCUGCUCAGACAAUCCCACCUCAACACAUUGAUCCGCGUCAGUGGCGUCGUCACUCGCAGAAGCACUGUCUUUCCUCAGCUCAAAUACGUCAAGUUUGACUGCAAAGCGUGUGGUGUUGUCCUUGGUCCGUUUUACCAGGAUGUGCAUGGCGAAAUCAAGAUCAACAAGUGCUCGAACUGCCAGUCCAAGGGCCCUUUCCUCAUCAACAGCGAGGAGACUAUCUACCGGAACUACCAGCGCCUCACCCUCCAGGAGUCCCCUGGAACGGUGCCGGCCGGCCGUCUUCCCCGACACAAAGAAGUCGUUCUGUUGUGGGACCUCGUUGACUCUGCCCGGCCCGGAGAAGAAAUUGAGGUCAUUGGCAUCUAUCGCAACAACUACGACGUUUCACUGAACAACAAGAACGGCUUCCCCGUCUUCUCGACCGUCAUUGAGGCAAACUAUAUCAACAAGAAGGAGGAUCAGUUUGCCUCAUACAAGCUCACGGAGGAGGACGAACGGAGUAUCCGGGUUCUUGCCUCUGACCCGCGAAUCCGGCAACGAAUCAUCAAAAGCAUCGCACCGUCCAUCUUUGGUCACGAAGAUCUCAAAACUGCCAUUGCCUUGGCCAUGUUUGGUGGCGUCGCAAAGAAUCCCCAGGGCAAGCAUCGCCUCAGAGGCGAUAUCAAUGUCCUUCUGUUGGGCGAUCCAGGAACAGCAAAGUCGCAGUUCCUCAAAUACGUCGAGAAGACCUCGCAUCGGGCUGUCUACACAACGGGCCAGGGUGCCUCUGCCGUCGGUCUGACGGCCUCUGUCCACAAGGAUCCAAUCACGCGCGAGUGGACUCUGGAAGGCGGGGCACUCGUCAUGGCCGACAAAGGCGUGUGUCUGAUCGACGAGUUUGACAAGAUGAACGAUCAGGACAGAACGAGUAUCCACGAAGCCAUGGAGCAGCAGUCCAUUUCAAUCUCCAAGGCCGGCAUUGUUACAACCCUCCAGGCCCGCUGCGCCGUCAUCGCAGCCGCCAACCCGAUUCGGGGCCGCUACAACCCGCAGAUCCCAUUCUCUCAGAACGUCGAGCUGACGGAGCCGAUUCUGUCGCGUUUUGAUAUUCUGUGCGUGGUGAAAGAUACCCCGGACCCUAUCCUGGACGAGUCUCUGGCCCGCUUUGUGGUCAACAGCCACAUCCGCAGCCAUCCGUCGUUCAGCGGCCAGAUCGAGACGGCUACGAUGCACGAUCCUGAAAUCAUUCCCCAAGAGCUGCUGAAAAAGUAUAUCAUGUACUCGCGCGAGAAGGUGCAUCCCAAAAUCGCCGACAUUGAUCAGGACAAGAUCGCCCGCCUUUAUUCGUCACUGCGUCAACAGUCUAUGAUCAGUGGCGGUAUCCCCAUCACCGUUCGCUACCUGGAAUCGAUCGUUCGCAUGGCCGAGGCCUUUGCGCGCAUGCAUCUGCGAGACAUUGUCCGACAGGACGAUAUCGAUCGCGCCAUUGCUGUCAUGAUCAAAAGUUUCGUCACGGCGCAGAAGCAGUCCGUGCGCAAGUCGCUCGAGCGGGCUUUCAGCGGAUACAUUUCCCGCGACAGGGACAACGACGAGCUGCUCCUGCACGUUCUCGGCGACCUGGUCCACGAGCGUAUGCAGUUUAACUUUGUCAAGUUUGCCGCCAUGCCCGACACGGUGGAGAUCAGUGUGGACGAGCUGGCAGCCAAGGUGUCGCUCCCUCGCUGCCUGUCGAUCGCCCCAGGCUGCUACGCUUGGUAUCUAUAGUCUGGACGACUUUUUCAACGGCCGCGUGUUCCAGCAGCACUUUACCAGGCGAGACCGUAGCAUCGUCAAGGUGCUCAACUAGAGCGUAUCCAAAACGAAAUGGGACACCCUGUUUUGAGCCAGGGCUGUCGUUUUUCUCUGGUCCUGAAUACACACCUAUUCAUCAUUCACCAUGA